AUGGCGCUGCGCCGAUCGCUGCACGGCCUGGCCCCGCGCCUGUUGGAGCAAUGGCAGGGCGGACUGGCGAUGAGCUCUCUGGCUGGCAUGCGGCCCCAGGUGGCAUUCGGGGAUGGCGAUCAGACGGCGGCGGGGUCGAUAUUUGGGAGAUUCUUGGCCACAUCAGCGGACAUCGCCACAGGGGUUGCUCAUGGGAUGUCACCCACAGUGGCUGCCGUGAAGAAUCCCACCAAUAUGAUCACGUAUGAUGAGCGGAAUCAUGAACGGUUCGCUCCUGGAGACCCAAGCAAGCGUGCCUUCACAUACUUUGUGCUGAGUGGUGGGCGCUUCCUGUACGCCUCCGCCAUCAGGCUUGCCGUCCUCAAGUUUGUCCUGUCGAUGACGGCAUCGAAGGACGUCUUGGCCAUGGCCUCACUUGAGGUCGACAUCUCAGCUGUCGAAGAGGGCCAGACGGUGACGGUGAAGUGGCGUGGCAAGCCAGUCUUCAUUCGCCGGAGGAGUGAGAAGGAGAUCGCGCUGGCAAACGAUGUGGACAUGGCGUCGCUGCGCGACCCCGAGGAAGACUCUGCAAGGGCCACCAAGCCUGAGUGGCUGGUGGUCAUUGGCGUGUGCACACACUUGGGUUGCGUGCCCAUCGCCAACGCCGGCGACUACAGCGGCUGGUUCUGCCCAUGCCACGGCUCGCACUACGACAUCUCUGGCCGCAUCCGGAAAGGGCCUGCGCCUUACAACCUUGAGGUGCCUGAGUACAAAUUCCUUGAUGACAACACCCUCAUCGUCGGGUAA